AUGUUCCAAGGAAAGCAUGACCCUAAAGGAGCACAGGAGUGGCUCAAAGAUAUUGAGAGGAUCUUUCGAGUUAUGGACUGUUCGGAUGCACAAAAAGUGCGUUUUGGUACGCAUAUGCUGGCAGGAGAGACUGAUGACUGGUGGGUUGCCACUCGCCAGAGACUGGAAGGCAUAGGUGAGGCUAUUACUUGGGUUGUGUUUCAUAGGGAGUUCCUAGUGAAGUACUACCUAGAAGAUGUCCGCAGCAAGAAGGAGAUUGAGUUUCUGAAAUUGAAACAGGGAGAAAUUUUGGUGAUUGAGUAUGCUGCCAAGUUCGUGGAAUUGGCGAACUAUUAUCCUCAUUACAGCGAGGCGACUGCUGAAUUUUUGAAGUGCGUCAAGUUUGAAAAUGGGUUACGUUCAAAAAUCAAGAAGGCAAUCAGAUAUCAGCGGAUCUGUAAGUUUCCAGACUUUGUGAAUAGUUGCUGGAUUUAUGAGGAAGAUAGUAAGGCUAACUACAAGAUUGUUAAUGAGAAAAGGAACAAGCAACAACAACAUCGUGGGAAGCCUUACAGUGCUCCAGCUAACAAGGGAAAACAGAGAAUUAUUGAGGGUAAGAGGACUAGUGGGGGAGGUGCUCCUACUGGCAUCUGGAUUAUACACACAAGGAGGUCAUAUGUUUCAACUGUGGCGAGGAGGGACAUAUUAGCACUCAAUGUCAGAAACAGAAAUAGGCUCCAGCAGGUGGGAAGUAUUAUUGAUACUAGUGCUACACAUUGUUUUGUUGCUACUGACUGUGUAAAAAGUUUGGGUCUUGAAUUGUCCUCUAUGAAUAGAGAAAUGGUUGUCGAUAUUCUAGCUAAGGGAUCGUGCAGUUUUCUACUCCUGAAGCAAUUGAAUGAAUUGAUGCAAGAUGAGGCUCUGGUGUUUUCUUUGAUGGUGUCCUUAUCUAUUGAGAAGAACGCUGUGAUUGAUGAGUUGCAAGUGGUGCGUAACUUUCCCGAAGUUUUUCCAGAUGAUAUUCCAGAUAUGCCGCCAAAAAGAGAAGUAGAAUUUGCUAUUGAUCUUGUCCCUGAUGCCAGACCCGUUUCUAUGGCACCAUACAUGAUGUCGGCAUUUGAAUUGGAAAAAUUAGAAAAACAGUUGGAGGAAUUACUUGACAAGAAAUUUGUGAGACCAAGUGUGUCGCCUUGCGGAGCGCCGGUGUUGCUAGUGAAAAAGAAAGAUUGUAGUAUAAGACUUUGUGUUGAUUAUCGACAGCUGAAUAAAGUGACAGUUAAAAACAAGUAUCCACUUUCGAGAAUAGACAACUUGAUGGAUUAA